AUUGGGAAUCAUGAUUAAUGUAACUUAGUUGUUAUAGAAAGGUUUGAGCGCUGGCUAAAGUCUGAGUAGCACAUUGAUAGGUCACUUGCAUUGUUCUUUUUGUUUGUUUCCUCUAUCAAGUAGUUUUGUUUGUCAUUGAUUACAGAUAUGUUAUUGUUUUCAGUUCUUUCCUCAAGUUCAUGGACCUUGCUCAUCAAGUUAAAGAUUGAAAUUGUGUUUAUCUGACAUUUAUGAAAAUUUAUUUGAUAGGAAGCUGCAUUCUCUUUGUUGGAGCAAUUUUCUCUCAGGUUUUUGGGCUAUGAAGUUUGUAGAUGAUGGUUUGUCGAUAGACGUUCUUGUUAGGUGUUGAAUUUUUUACUUGAGGUGAAUGCCAACUGAUUCUGAAAUAUCAAUAAUGGAGCAGUUCAAAUUGGAAUUUUUUGCAUAUUGAAGUUUGCUGUGUAGAUGCACCCAGAUGGAUAGCUGGGAAGGUCUUACUUCUGUUAGUUGCUGAUAUAUAUACCAAAGAUAUGGCCACAUGAUUAUGAAAAGUAGAGAUCAUCAGUUUCACAGGAUAGUUUGACUUUUUCUUCAAACGUCAACGCUGUGGUUCAGACUCGGUUCCAUCAUCAUGAAAAGCUCAAGAAAAUUGUUUUGACAUGGCUGUUGCAUUCAAGGUGCUUGAGAGGCUUAUAUGGAAGUGGCCGUGCUAGAAGCUGGCCGUGGUUGCACCAUUGAUUAUAGAGCAAGCAGAUCUGGGGCCAUGUCAUGAUGUGGUUUGAUCUGGGUUUCAGAUCACUUGCACUUCAAAGUCCGAAGAGCGAGAGGGAGAGAGAAGGCAAGCAUGAGCUCUGUUUGUAGGUCUUCUCUGAGCUGCGUGGACGUACGUGAGUCGACGAGAGCCAGCUACAAGAACCUCUACAAGUGGCCGGAGUCCGAUGCCGAGUUCGUGAAGUCGAUGGCGGCGGGAAGAAGAAGAGGGGAGAGAGGUGACCCCAGCGGUCUCAACAGCGGCACCAACCUCGAAGGAAGGAGGCGGCCGAGUGCAGGCCCGAGCGUGGUCGAUAGCUACUCAUGCCGCCAGUUGUACCUGAGAAGCUACGUCUUCACCAAGGAGGAGACGGUCUCAGAGAAGAUGAAGCGGUACUGCUUCAGAAAGGAGAAGAAGACGGCCGCAGUCUUGCCCAUCUUCGCCAGCGGGAGCACCGUGAGCAGUGGCGGCGCCGACGUCCAUACCAAGAGGAAUGGGAAGCAUAAGAAGACGAAGAAGGAUUGUGCGGCUCUAAUGAAGCUAAGAGAUUUCUUGCAUCGCCUCCUCUGCACCGCCGGCGUCGACGUGGUGGAUGGAGAUUGAUUCGUCGUUUUAGAUCAAAGGACUCACCAUCUUUUCUUCUUCUUCUUCUUCUUCUUCUUCAUAUGGAGUUAGAAGGACGUCAGGAAGGAAUCAUGUAGGAAGCAGACGUCUUCUCUGUCGAUUCUGUCAAAGAUUGGUGUGAAGAGCAGAGUCUAGUGAUCAGCUUUUACAUCUUGUUCUCAAUCUUUAGCUAUUGGAUUGAAAGAAAGGAUGAACAGCUAAAGUUACCUCAAGAGAAAAAUCCGAAUAAUCCAUCUCGGUUAAGAUUUCUUAAAGCUCGAUAGAUAUUUUCAAUGUUCGAAAAGUGGUCAAGAUUGGAUCAGACUUCACAUCAUUGAGCUGACAACAGCAACUGCAAACUCAAAUUGUAGCGCAACCAUUCCAAAAUUGUGAAGACUCAAUUAUGAG